GAGUAUAAAGUAUAUGACUGAAGAAAGAAUAACCAUAAUACAAUUUUGAAUAUUUACCGCGUUAAGUUAUACAUAAUAGUUGAAUAUUUGGCCACAGUUAACGCGCAAGCGCUGUUUACUUAAAUACAAUUCCUUGAAGAAAAAAGAAAUUUCCAAUUUAACUAUCAUUAAGUGUUCUAUGAUUAUUUGGAUCAUGCGCUUGCAUAUGGCCGCGUAAAUUUUCUCUGAAGAGGGUAUACAUUUAAUUUUGAAUUAUUGAAUUACACUUUCUUGAACUAAGUGUUAUUUGAAAUUUUUACGAAUUAACGCUUUAUUGAGUCUGAUUUAGCUAUGGCAGAUGCUAGUAGUGAAGGUGAAGGUCAAGAUUAUUCGACGAUGAAGGUGGCGGAUCUGAAGCGAGAGUUGAAAGCAAGAGGGUUGAGCACGGCCGGGAAUAAAACGGACCUUCUGGAGAGACUGCAGCUAGCACAGCAGGGAAUUGAGGCUGAUGUGAGCCUAGCGGAGACUGAGUCAAACGCAGUAGAUUCUGAAGAAAUGCUGGAUGAAGAUGAUGUUCUCGCAGAUGAAGAUGUAUUAGAAGAUGAAAUCGCAGACAUAGACAAGUCCGAAGAGAGUGUGGAAGCCACGUCUACAGUGAAGAGGAAAAGUGAAGAGGAUCCUGAAACUGUUCCUGAGCGCAAGAAGAUAGUGCUGAACCGCACUCGGCCUCUGUCGACCGUAGAGGAGCCGGAGGCAGACCGCGAGGUCGAUAACAGCUCGCUGGACGUGCUGAGGAGCGACAGCGUGGUUGACCAGCAAGACGAGAACAAGAACAAAAAUAUUAUUAAGAUUUCUUCUCUGACAGCCAAAGACCGUCUGGAAAUGAGAGCGCGCAAGUUUGGGGUCACUGCACUCUCUACCGAUGCCAAGAAAGCUGCAAGAGCAGCAAGAUUUGGAUUGGAGUCAUCAAAUACCAUCCCUGUUAGCUCUGAUGUACUGAAAAAAAGGGCAGAGAGGUUUGGUUUGGCAACAUCCACAACUGUGACUGAAAAAAAGGUUGAUGAAGACAAGCUUAAGAAAAGGGAAGAGAGAUUUAGUGAAGCGAAGCCAUCCAACAAGACUAAGAUUACUUUCUCCUCCAGUCCAGUUUCGUCAGCUUCGAGUUUGUCACUCGAAGAGCGCAAGAAGUUACGGGCAGAAAGGUUCAAAGUUGGCCAGUGAGGCAUUUUGCACGCGUUUCAGCACAAUUUCUACAUGCAAAUUAUGUUCGCUGAUUGAUGAGUGUUACUUGACUAGCAUAUUUUACUGUUCGCCAAUGAACAAUCACCCAGUUAUUCUGAAUGUUGCUGUACUCGUUUAUGACGUGCAGUAGUUUGAAUGUUAAUUAGAUUUAUCUGUGUGUCACAAUUAGGGCUGUGUGGUUCUGGGUUUUAAUGGGCCGGUUUGGUUCUGGUUCAGUUUUACACCAUGAACCUCGAUUUUGGUUCUUAUACAAGACAGAAAAAAAUGUUUAGUUCCAAAUUGCUAACUUAAAAAUAUGGGCAGUGUUUUCCGUUUUUCCUUAUUCAUUAAAAUAAUAAUGGUAGUUAAAAAAAUUAAAUAACUCAGUCAAGUGGAGGGCACUAGCUGACUUCAAGAUCUUGAUGGUGAAGAUACCUUCUCAUUUUCUGGUUCAAAGUUGUCGACGCUCAUUUAUAUGUAUUUUUCCUUAAUAGUCUACAGCUGGAAUAUUUUUGCUUUAUAAAGCGAUUACAAUAUAUUUCAUGUGUGCUUUAUUUAAAUAGUUGGCCUUUAAUGUGCAUGCAACCAGAAAUCUUUACUUUCCAAAAUACAAACAGUAAUGCCAAUUUAAUACAUGUAUAAAUGAAUCCUAUACUUUGCUAUGGAUAAAACAUUCUGUAUGGCAUACAUAUUUCGUGAGUUAUUACAUGCAUAUAUGUCGGUGACAUUGAAAAAGUAUGUUUGUUUAGGUUUUCAGCAGGAAAAACAUUUAGUGUUGUUGCAGAUAGUGAAGUAAUAGAAAUUUAUAAAAAUAACCAAAACCAAGGAUUUAAAAAACUAAUAUAUGUUGGCUAGUAUGAAGGAACCAAAGCCGGAACAGAAAAUUCGGGGAAUGUCACAGGCCUAGCAACAGUGCUUUGCGUGAAAAGCUGUUGUAUAGUACAAAUGUAUGUAGUGUGUGGCCAGGUGCAUCACACUGUGAGAUGAAAUUUGUAGUGUGUGGUUUUCUUUGGUGAGGCCACAUGCCUAUGAGUAGAGAUAAUAGAUAUAGCUGUUUACCAGACUAGGGUAACCUCGUAUCAUACAAAAAUUGUAUGUUGCCGUUGCAAAAGGCUGAGCAGCUUAUCUUCAUGAAUUGUGUUUUAACCUGUCCGUUUAUAUCUGUUGUGCUUUCAUCGCAAGCAUUUUAUAUGAAAUUAAAUCUUUAACUCGACUUUCAGUACAAAAAUGUGAUGGUUGCAAAAUUUUAUUGACGCAAUUUUGAUUACCUGUUGUUUCUCUGAUAUCAUAUCAAUUGUUGUAUUAGUUUUGUUGGUGUAACAACUUUUGUAUGAAUUUGAAAUAAUGCCAGUUUAUGACGGAGAUACAUAAUACCUAGGUUGAAAACUUUUAUGUACUGUACUUGUAAUUUUUUACAUGGAGGAUCUUACAACUUUGUGAGUUUUGUGCUUAUGUUAGUGCACAUUCCAUUGUAAAUUUAUAUAAAAUUUAACACUGAA